AUGGCAAAAGCUUGUCAGAAGUGCAAGAAGGAUAUCACGGACGAAGCAGCAGAGUGCGACCGCUGCGACGUCAACUGCCAGAAUCUUCACUGGAAGAAUCACAAGAAGUCAUGCGCUCGGACUCGCACCGCCAAUCCCUCUGAGCCACCUAGGUACACUACCUACGGUCGGGAGCCACCGUCGUCAUCAACAGCUUGGAACCCGUCCAGGCCGACCCCAAGCCGCGGUCUGGAGGCGCCUAUCAUGAAUGCUUUCACGAAUCUGGAGAAGCGCACCUUCCUGCACAACCACCCCGAGAAGGACGUCUACAAGAUCCUCAUCGACUACUAUCGCCUUCGCAUGGAAGAUGACGCCAAGAUCGUCGGUAUCAUGAGCCAGACUCCAUCUACGUCUCUCGGUCUAGCGAUGGGAAAGCCGGAUUCCGACGCUUCUUGGAGACGGCAAGGAGAUCAGUCAAUGGCAGGCUCUUGCCGCUUUGGUGGAAUGAUGAGAAGCAAUGAUAGUGCGAGGCCAUGGCUGCUGAUGCGGCUUAGCAAGGCAGAUGUCAUCCAGCACUGUGGCGACGACCACAUCCCGAUGCAGCUGCGUAUGAUUGAGGAGUUCGUUUGGGGAUCGGCGCCUGGCAGACAGGAUGGUACUCAGAUGAGACGCAUGUUGGCAUCGCGGGAGACAAGUACUGCCGGUCCAGGUUUCGUGGAGGUCUUGCACAUUGAUAACAAUACUAAAACUGGGUAUGGCUCGGCCUUCAACUGA